GCAAAUCUUGUCAAAUAUCAAUUUUGUUUAAUUGAUUAUAUCCAAUAAAUUAUAAAGAAGGCUACAUUCUAACUAGUAAAUAGCAAAUAUAAAAUUCAAAGAUCGUUUAGAAUGAGAUCUUAUUCUCAACCUUAAAUUUAAGUUUCUUCAACUCCUUUUUAAAUCUAACCAAUGUAUCCUCCAUCGUAGCAAUAAGCAAAUGGACAUGCAGGUGAAUGGGGUUAGUUUUUUUAGCAGUAAGAGUAGAAGUAGUUGGAGAACUAUCAAUAAAGAAAAUAAUAUGAAUAAAUGAGAAAAUAAAAAUAUAGGGAACUAUUAGAUUAAGAUGUAUAGGCCAAACAAAAUUAAAAGGCAAUAGAAAAAUAGGAAGAUAUUAAUAAUUAAAAGUAUUGGAAUGAUAAUGAAUAAGUUAUCAGUGAUAUGCUUAAUAAAUAAAAAAAUGCCUAAAAACUUUAUCAUUAAAAGCUUUGCGAAGAAAAUUUAAUACUGGCACAACAGAGAUAAGAUUAAAUAUAUGAUUAGGUUAAAAGCUACCCAUAAUACUAGACUAUGGAAGAAAGAAUGAAUUAAUUUAGAUUAAAGGAAGCAUAGAUUUACUAAAAUAACUAAAAAAAGAUGGAAAAAGAGUACUAAAAAAUAUAGCAAAUGAACUAGCAAAAUUUGCAACUAAUUGAACCUCAAAAAAUAACUCCUUUGUUUCCACACUAAAAUAUAAUAAGAGGAUCCCAUAAUAUAUUAAAUGUAGAAAGAAAAUAUCUUCAUGAUAAGUGCGAUGAUGUAGUAUACGAGUAAAUUAAGUAAAAAGAAGCUUAAAAAGCUAUGGAAAGAGAGUAAAAACUUAGGGAAAGAGAGUUGGUUGAAAUGCAAGCUAAAUUCUUGCAAGAUCAAGAAAAGUAAAUGAAAGAAUAAAAAAAAUAGUAUUAUUAGUAAUAUUGCACUGAUAAUAAUGUUUAGAGCUAAUUUUAGAAACAACUUCAAAUAAGAGAGAAUUUAAUGAAUGCAAGAGAAACUGCAAUUAAUUCUAAAAGGUCAAAGACAAGAGAUAAAAACGGUAUUGAACUCAAUCCUAUUUACUCUUUAGAAUAUAACUCAUAUGAAAGAUAGAAAUAACUAAACUAAGUAGAUAGAGCAUUAAAUAGAUAAAUAACACCUAAUUCAAAUCCUAACUUAAGUAGGAUUCCAACUAUGAAUAAUUUAAGUUAGGUUAAUCUUGCUCAAGUCAAUAAUGGUCAGCCAUCGUCAACUUUAGUCAGAAAUGGAUCUUAGCUUAUUAAUAGACUGUAGUCUCCAAAUGAAUAAAGCAUGGAUUAAAUUAAUAAUCAACCUAUUUAAAACUAAUCUUAAAUGUCUUAAGUGCACUUAAAUUAGUCAUACAUAAAUAAAAUUUAAAAUCAUGUUGAUAAUUUUAAUUAAAUUAGAACAGUCAAUCCUAAAUCUUUACAAAAUCCAUAAGUUAAUUUUUAUGGGGCUUAAUUGCUGCAUAAAAAUAUUCAAUAAGAAUCUAAUUUUAUCAAGGACUCUUUUGGAAUUCAUUCUAAUCAUGGUUAUAACAUCAUCUCUGGCCAUGUAUUCAACGAUUGA